CCAACGAUGUAAAAUACAAUGCAAAUUAGCAUUGUAACAACAGAGAAAUAAUCCACCAAACACAAGUUUACGAACUUUUUCCCCCAGUUUAUAUCCUUUAUACACCUGAGCACUACCUCAAACUCAAACCUUUUCUUUCAGGAUUUCAUUUUGAAAAUCCCAACCGGAAGUACUCAUUGUAACGCUGGUGAGCUUGACGCGGUCCAGACGCACUCUCUCUUUCUGAAGUGCGCUGCUGACUGUCCGUGCUGAGAGGCAGAGAGCAAGUAGACAGAGAGAGGAGCAGCAGAGGAGACCUGCUGUCCAGGACUAUGUUAGUGUUAUAGUGUCUUUAUAUUAACACUGCGAGGACAACAACGCGCCAGGCUUUGGGUGUGACAAACAUUACGCGCGUCAGGUUUUGGGCAUCUCUCCAGGCUGAGUGGAGGCGCGGAUGACUUGACUUUCUACGGCCAUCACUCCUCCUCCUGCUGCUGCUGAUGGACGUUUUCUUACUGGUUUGUCCGUCCAGACCAGAUGUCCUGGUGGGGACACACACUGUGGAUGUCCAGUGUCUCUUUUAUCUGCUGAUGUGCUGCUGAGGAGCUGAAGUUGGAAGUCUUGUCUCUUGUAGGUGUGAGCUCCAAAUGCAUUCGCUCCUGGGCCGGGAGAAGAAAGAAGAAGAAGCCGGGUUUGGGAUCGAUCUGGGUCUGGGUCUGUCUCCGGGCUUUCUGCUGCCCCCCCACGCUGCCACCAUGUUCAGCUGCGUGGGCUGCUUCUGGGUGCUCCUCUCCUCCGCUCUGGUCGCCGUUUGCAGCUUCAGUUUCAUCUCUCCUGCCUGGAUUGUUAAGGACCAGCUGAGGAACAACCACCACCAGCACAACCAACACCAGCAGCACCACCACAGCACCAACAAGGACUCUGUGAGCUUUGGUUUGCUGUGGCACUGCUCGGAGUCUCUGGAUCACAUGUACCGGUGCUACACCUUCGGAGGACUGGGCAAAUUCGCAGAGAUCCCCUCCAGCUCCUGGCAGACCAGCGCGGUGCUCUGUUCAGGAGGCUGUGCCCUGCUGGCCGUCAGCUCCCUGUUGGCCAUCAUCACCAUCUUCCUGCCCAGCGGAGGAUGCGAGAGGAGGAUCUGCACCCUGGCUGGAUACAUGCAGAUGGCUUCAGUGUUCAUCAUGGCUUCCGGACUGCUGGUCUACCCCUUCGGCCUCAACUCCUCGCUGGUCCGGUCCUUCUGCGGGGACUCUGACAUCUACUACGCCGGCGAGUGCCAGAUCGGCUGGGGCUACAUGCUGGCUAUCGUCGGAGUCAUGCUCACCGUCUUCUUGCCCUUUUUUGCCAAAUAUGCACCGAAGGAGCAGCUGUCCCCAACCCCUCUGCCCACGCUGUUAUAGUGCAUUGACACCAUGUCUUGGUCCUGACCACGCUCUCUUACCUGGGCUCGAUGUCACGGAGAGACACCCGCAUCCCGUUUUUUUUUAAAGGCGAUGCUGUUGGGGACUCAACGAACACUGUCUUCCUGCAUCUAUUAAUUCAAAUACAGUUCAUUUAGAUGGAAUGUUUUACGUUACGAUAUUACUCUGUGGUUAUUUUUUAUCAUGAGUUUUUUUGCAGUUUGACUUUAUCUGUUUUCUUGGAGAUGAUGCAGUCAGGACCUCAUUUUAAAUGAUUUAAGAAAAUGACCACAAACAUAACAAGUACUUGUUAAAGAUGUUUUUUCUUUCCCCUUCCUUUCUUUUGUGGGUCAACGUAUGUAACAUUCCAAAACAGACUGGUGAUCAGCUGCAUAAAGAGAGUGGAAGCAUGAGAUUAUGUGGCAGUGUGACUCAUCCAAUCAGAUGUUUCAAUAAGAAGAACGUUCGACUCAUCGGGAGAGACACUUUGAGAGAUUAUUAAUGGGUCAGCUCUUGUAUUGUGCUGAAGCGUUUGGACUGUACAUAUGAUCUGGACUUAACAGAACUGAUAUUUGAAAAUACAACACUGAAAAGAGAAAUCUGACGCUUUGAGGGAUUUUUGCUCGUCAGACUUUUCUCUGCCUUCCAGUCUUGUGAAGCAGCGGGAGUCGAGAAGACGUUUUAGCUUUCAAAGAAAGUCUCAAAGAAAAAGGACAAUAGACACAGCAUCAGACCUGCCGAGAGGACAAACGGGAAUCUCUUCUCAUAAUAACAAGGACAUACUAAUAAGUAGUGGUUUCAGAGCAGUGUAUGUUGGGAUACUGCAUCCUUUUGUUAACCUUUUUUUCCCCAGAACUCGUUUGUGUAAUGUAACUCGCUUGUUAAACAUGAAAUUUUCAGUCUACAACACACAAUACUAAACACUAAUUCAGGAAAAAAAUGAUUGCGAAAAAGGCAGGGAGAUGUAGUCAAAACAUGCAUGAUAAGAUGGGCUUUGUUAAUGGUAGAACAAUUGAUCUAGAUUUUAAAUGUGAUCUGACCAACUUGUGCCUUUUAACAUAACCAAGACAAGUGUUGAAUACGAUUAUCAGGUUAUCAUCUUUUUCUGCUGAAAAACUGUGGAUCCUGUUGUGUGAUGUUUUUUUUGGUUCUAUUAUAUUAUUUGUUCCUCUCAGAGGUGAAGUCUUUCUCCUGUACUUGAUGCAGUAUGAUCUCAUUAACUUGAGAAAAUGUUCUGGAGGAUAAAAAAAAAAAAAGAUGAUGUCUUCUAAUCCUCGGAGGUAACGGCAGAGAGAGAGAAAAAAAAAAGGCAAGCAGUGUACUUGUGUUCAAUUACGCCCUGAGACAUUUUUGCCAAUUAUCUAGAAGAGGUAAAUCACUUGAAUUGCUAUAUUAAAAGGUUGUGACACGCAGCUAACAGAUUAAUUCCUGGCAUCCUUGUCUUACGUGAUUCAGAAAUUGAGUGGUAGGGGAGGGAGCUGUACAAAUUGAACUUCGCCUCUGGUUAUCUGUGCUGAGCUGACACAUCAUUCACAUUAUGUGUAGAACGUGGCUUAAAAAUAAUUAGCUCCUCGAGUAAGCUAAUGUGUUGCUGUGUUUUUUCGUCGAUCCACUUCUCCUUUUUAAGCGCUGGCACCAUUCCUGUCAUGUUCCAAGGACAAAAUGUCUCCACUUACUCUCCCUGUACACUGCCAAUCUCAUCGAGCUAGACUCCCGUUUCUAGUGGGUGUUCAUGUGCGUAUUAGUGUUGAAUAAUGGGUUGGAUUUUGCUAAUGGGUUAAUCUUUAUAAUAUUUCCCUAAUUUGGGUUCCCAUAAUGACAUGUCCUGACAUUAAGAAGAUGACUGUGAUUAUGUUGCCAUAUUUGAAAGAAGGUCAGGAGAGAAACGUUGGUAUGUAUUGGACCUCAUACUGUGCUUGACUGUGGGAAUGACUGGCGUGACUGCACUGGACUUAUUCCCCCUAUUCGUUGAACCAUUGUGUGUAAAGUCUCAGCACUGGUGAAGCUGUUUUGGUAGAUUAGAAUUCUUGUUUUUUCCAUUGUGAUGUUUGACUGUAAAUAAACUAACUGUAAUUGAUAUCA